AUGGGCAGGGCAGGGGGUAUAUUCACUUGGCUAAUACAGACAGUCCCCGAACUGGUAAUAGAACUAAAAUAAGGAGAAUCUGAAUAAAAUUAUGGCCUAACCCUAAACUGUUACACACACUACGGGACUACCGAAUAUUCUGAUUAUGGUUCUAAGUUUUCUGGGUAUAGGUUUGAUACUGGAACUUAUUUCAGAACUAUAUAGGCUAUUGCUUUUUGAUAUCUGGAGAAACUUUUUGUUUCUAACUUUUUUGCUCUUAUCUCGAGGCUUUUAUCAGCAUAUUUAAAUGAGUGCUCAUAUUAUGUGCUUUUAAUUUAUUAGUACAAAUUAACUUAUACUAUACGUCUAUUUGCAUGUAUCAUUUCUAUUUCAGAUUACUAGUAUGUCUUGUUUUAAUUAAUUAUAAUUACACACAAAUUUGGCGUUAAUUUACAUCAAUUGGUCUUGAUAUUAACUUCUGAUGGAAAUAUAGUACAGCAAGAAUUAUGUUCCCUGCAUCUCUGGGCCAAGGGCACCAGCCUAUGAGCUUAAAAGCAAUUGAUGAAAUUCCGCACCAAAAGCGUAAGAACAUUUGUACUUUCAUCGAUUAUUCAAUCACAUUGCAGGAUGGUUAUUGGGAGCUUUUAGUAACCGAGCUCGGAUUUAACGAAACAGAUAGUAAAAAUUUUCUUCUUGCCUUCGCAAAAAAACAAAGUCCGACUGAUAAUUUGCUACGAGAAUGCGGAUACAGGAAUUACAAAAUUGUUACGCUGUCUCACGUAUUAAAAAAGAUUGGACUUGUUAAAUUAGUGGCAGAAAAUUUGGAAAACCUUGAAGAAAUUAGUAGUCCGGUCUUGCCUAAUGCGCAAUAUGGUUUCGGUGGAAUGCAUUUCUACGACAAACCACGGAGGCCUACGGAAAGUGACUCCUCAAGCUCGUCUCAUUCUGGAGGUACGGACGUGGAAAAAAUUGGCGGAAUCGACACUACACAUCAUUCCUACGCUGAUAUUAAAAAAGGGACAAAAAACUUCGCUUCAGAAAUGAAAUUAGGUGCCGGGGCUUUUGGUAAAGUAUAUAAAGUCGUUCUAAAGAAUACUGUAUAUGCGUGUAAAGUGUUAACAAUGACAACGAACAACACCCAUAUGUCGUUGCGAGGUAAAUACAAGGGGAACACUGAUUUGAGGAAUGAGUUACGUUAUCUUGCGGAUUAUAGGCAUCCACAUAUUGUCCCAUUGUACGGCUGGUCUGUGGAUGGUGACAAUCCAUGUUUAAUUUAUGAGUACAUGAAAAAUGGUUCGUUACAGGACUGUCUUCAGCGUUUGAGAGAAAAGGAAUCUUUAAGUUGGUUAACAAGAUUGAAUGUCGCUUGUGGCGCAGCCAGGGGCCUUCGUUUUCUACAUGAAGAAAAAUCUAAACCUUUAAUACAUGGUGAUAUCAAAACUGCGAAUAUACUACUCGGAGACAGUUAUCAUGCGAAGCUCGGAGAUUUUGGUCUUGCGAGAGAGGGUCCUAGCAGGCAUAAGACAGGGAGUUAUAUUGAUUUGGGUGAUGAACACACCCCAGGUACAAUUGGGUAUCUUGCACCUGAGUACUUACAGAGUAAAAAAUUAUCUGUUGAAGUGGAUACUUAUGCGUUUGGUGUUGUAUUACAUGAGCUUUACACUGGUCGCAGAGCAUUUGAUCGAAAUCAGAAAAGGGCUGUAACCUUGCUCAGAGACUAUAUGGAUGAUCUUGCGAAUGGUUUGGGUAGAGGAGGUCGAGAAGGGGCAGAGGACCGUCUGUUUGAGCACCAAUCUCCAGAGUUGGAGAGACUACCUCAAAUUAUUGCACUGAGAUUCGUGAGAUUGGCACUCGGUUGCUGUCACGAAAGACGUAACAAAAGGCCAUCUAUGUUGGCGAUUUUAACAAGACUCGAAGCAAUAUGUGCUGAUAUUAAGAUGUUACCCAAAGAGCAAGUUUCUGAUACAUCCUCUACCGACCUGACUCCGAAUGCUUCAAUUACUUCAAACAAACCCCAGUUGGGUAAACCCUCAUCUCCGAAUUUGCGUACGAACGAUAUGAGAUACGACACUCGAAAUUUAAUUCCGGUGGAAUCUGAGGAUCCGUCUCUUGUAAUGCCGUCACAAAAUAUUGAAUCUUCAAUUCCGCAUAAAAAUAGCGACAUUUAUGCCCCACCUGGAGUGGAUGCUGUGAAUGAAGCCCUAAAACAACUCGAGUUAAAAAACUCAAUAAAAUCGAAUUCCGAGGCAAGGAGUUACACCCCUUCAAGAGAAAACAGCGUAUACGCCACUUCAAGACAAAACAGCGUGUUUGAGAAUCAAAAACCGAAUCCUAUACCAUCUAGAGAAAACAAUGUUUUUGAGGGUUAUACACCACAACCCCAUAUAUCUAUACCACAGUAUUUUGGCAAUGUAAUGUACCACCACCCACACGCUGCCGCAGCUGUGCCAGUAAAUUGGGACCCAUCAGGGCACAAUAUGCUUCCAAUUUCUCCAGUAUUUUCAAUGUGGCCCCCGCAAAUGCCUCAUAAUAUACCAGUCCUGGGACCUUAUUCACCCUACGUCUCUGGUCCAAGUUAUCCAACGCAAGGAGCACAACAAUAUGGUCAAGUACCGUUUCCGAACACUCCAGAUUUCCUGGGAAUACCUUCUGGAAUGGAUCAAAACGAUCCUUCAGAUUCCAAACCUGGUAACACCCCCGUGUCCCCAAGCACCCCCGGCCUUGUUAGCACCCCAGAACCAUUUGACAGCUUGGAGUUGAACCAACCUUUACAUGUAACAACUGCUCAAUCCCCUCAGGUAUCCAACCCAUUUACUAAUUCAAACAUAAAUGGGGGUUAUUCUAAUUUACCCCCUUCGAACCCAUUCCAUAUUUCAGGGGGUAAUGACGCACACUUUUCUACCCCACAACAAUAUGAUCAAUUUUCUCCUACAUCGAAACCAGAAGCAGAAAACAGCCAUCAAAGGAGUUCCACAUCUGCGGACAAUGAGGGUAUUUCCCCUCCCAGAACUUAUAGUGUCAAAGUCAGCGGCCCGAAGGCAAGUUUGUUGGAUAAUCUUGACAAUAUAGAAGAUGAAGACCUAAAUUUAUCCGUUUCUCACUAUUUUAGUAAGUAAAAGAACUACAAGAAUUGUCGUGGCCUAGUGGGUGAAGCGCUAGACUUAACUACGUUGGUAUCAUAUGUAAUAAUCACAGGUUUGAAUCCCACGCCAUCCACUUUACUCAGGAUAUAAUUCGGUACACAAUGCCGAACCAGCCUGAAAGAAUAGAAUGUUAUAUAUUCUCGGAUUUCUGUGGCUACUUAUGUGAGUCCUUGUCAGAUCGAAUGGAGUAAAUACGAACCAUACAAAAAGUUGUCUCACUUUAUAUAAUUUGAGAAUUGAUUUUGCGAAGGUCGGGCUGGGCCUAUUUCUGGGUGGAAACAAUUGACUUCACCUGACAAUUUUACUGAUAUGUCUGCAAUUUGAAUCUUUAUAAUGCACAGGUUCUUUAUGGUACAACAAACUGACUUGUUACAUGCUGAGAAUUUAUUUUAUUCUCACUAAUAUCAGAACAGUAGUUUUAAACGUAAAAUUUUUUCAGUUUUGAAAGAUUUUUUAAAAAUUGGAUGGUUCGGUAAUCAUAAUAAUCGUUCUACCUAAAAACUUCUGGGUCACAAUUUGUUGGUAUGAGAUAUUCCCUUUUCACUGUUGAUUUUUAUUACCAUUACUGGUAUGUAUAUUUUCUACUUUAAAGUUUUGCAACCUGCCUAUUCCUUGUUCUUCUUUUACUUUGCUUUUUACCCCUUAUUGCAGUUAUUGCCUUAUGUUGAUACACUUUUAUUUGCAUUUUCAUUGAGGGUAUGUUUUUUUCGUGGAAAUACAGUUUCGUUUUAUCAUUUAUGUUCCUUGCCGCUUCACUCAUACACAUAGGCAUUGUCUUCGAAAUUGACAAUACUUUGCUUUUACUUAUGCCUAUGUUUUUUCGCAGUACAUAAUAACAAUUUUUAUUUUUUUUAUUUUUGAAGUUUUUUUUAGCAUACAUAGUUGCAUAGUCUUAAUUAGCGAUAUAUAUUUCUAAUAUUAAUUGUGGUAUUAUAAAAUAACAAGAUAUAUGGAUAACUUAAGCGUGCUUGAUGAAAUAAAAACAGUGUUUAAAUGAAUUAAAAUAAAACCUGAGAUUAUAGGUGAAAUAUCGUAUCACAUAGGUCAGUGGUUCUCAAACUUUAUAAGCCGCGCCCCUUUUUAGAAUUUGUCAAGUCUCGUGCCCCACCUCAAAAAUAACUACGGUAUUUAUUAAUAAGCUACAAAUAACAGAUAGUAAG